AUGGACCCGGCCGUGCCGAAGCUGAGUGUCCCAGCACGUCGCUGCAAGGAGUUGAAGGGCUCGGAAAGUGACACGCGAGAGCCUGACAGUGACCGGCUAUCGCAGCCCAGUGUGGAUUCGCAACCAGGAUUGCAAAAACUGGACGAAGAGGCGCCCGUCGAACCCAUUGCAGUGGAUGAAAGUCGGCUGAUCGACUUGUGUCCAGCUGAGCAGAAGCGACGCGGCAACGAGCUCCUCUCACUCCUCUCCGAAGGCGACAAGGCACCGUGCCUGCCAAAUCUUCCGCCAGCACCUGAUUUUUUAAGGAAGAGUGAGGGCAUCUAUGAGGGCACUGUUUCAGCAGCCUCGUGGGACAAGAAAGAAGAUUGGCAUACUGGUUAUGUGGCGGGUGAUCUCCGCUACAUCCCCGCAGAGCAGUCUACGACUUACCAGCAGUGGGACAUGACGUCGCAAUCCAAUUGGGACAAAUCACAGAUGGUUCAUGUCCCGCCACAGUGGUCAGGCAGUGGCUACAUGAUGGAUGCGGAAAGUCUGAACCGGGAGAUGGUCCCCUACCUGCUGAACGCGUCCCAUCGCGCCUUCGGGCCCGGCCUCACGGCCAAUGUGCAGUGCUUGCCGGACGGGUAUGAGGUGGUGUUGCAGGGAGCUGCAGCUCAUGAAGUGGAACAGGGCAGAGAAUACGAUAUUUUGCAGAACCUUGGACAUCAUCUCAUGCAGGUGGUGGGCGAUGGGUAUGUGGGCUGCGAAAUCACCCGAAACUAUGACGCCGUGAGUCAUCGGAUCAGCCUGUGGCGUUCCUGUGAGGGUGAAGCCGCCGAUUCGCGAAGGUGCUGGAACUUUGCGAGAAACAACAGCUGUGCUCGCGGAGACCAAUGCCGCUGGGCCCAUGAGCAUCCCCAAACGAUGGAGAUCGCAGUGAAGGUCGCUUCUGUGCGUUGCAAGUGA